CAUUAUAUUGAAAAACUAUCCUUUUUAUUCAGUAACUAAUGAUCUUCGAUUGUUCUAUUAAAAAAAUAUUGGUCCUUGGCCAUUUCCUAAUCUGAGUUGCAUAAAACUACAUAUGUUCCCAUGGUCUUCCAUUGAGAGAAAAUGGCAGAUGAUGGUUUCAAAUAUCAUGAGGAAUAUGUUACAAAUAAACGAGGGAUGAAGCUCUUUGCAUGCCAAUGGAGUCCUUUAGACCAUGAACCGAAAGCUCUAAUCUUCCUAUGCCAUGGAUAUGCCAUGGAAUGCAGCAUUUCAAUGAGAGGAACAGGUGUUCGGUUGGCAAAGGCUGGAUUUACAGUGCACGGAUUGGACUAUCAGGGCCAUGGGAAGUCCGAAGGACUUCAAGGCUAUAUCAAUAGUUUUGAUGAUGUUGUUGUUGAUUGCUCGAACUACUUUGCAAGUGUUUGUGAAAGAGGAGAGUGCAAAGGAAAAAAGAAGUUCCUUCUUGGUGAGUCAAUGGGAGGCGCUAUUGUGCUGAUGCUACAUAGGAAGGAACCUACAAAUUGGGAUGGGGCUAUUUUGGUUGCCCCCAUGUGCAAGAUUGUAGAAGAUAUGAAGCCUCGUCCCAUUGUGAUAACAAUCCUAAGCAAGCUUAGCAACGUGAUACCUACAUGGAAAAUUAUUCCUACUGAAGAUGUCAUUGAUAAGGCAAUUAAAAGCGAGGAGUGGCGUCAAGAGGUAAGAAACAAUCCAUAUUGCUAUAAAGGAAGGCCUAGGUUAAAGACUGGUUAUGAACUUUUUAUGGCAAGCUUGGAUAUUGAAAGCACUCUUGACAAGGUUACACUACCAUUCAUCAUUGUCCAUGGUGGUGAUGAUGCCGUCACAGAUCCAUCAGUAAGUGAAGAACUGUAUACAUCAGCUCAGAGCAAGGACAAAACACUGAAACUGUACCCAGGGAUGUGUCACGCCCUGACAUCUGGUGAGCCCGCAAGCAACAUUGACAUUGUAUUUUUGGACAUCAUUAAGUGGCUUGAUGAGAGGGUAUCAGUUUCAUAAUAUGAGAUCAGUUAACAAUUGUAACCAUUUGGUACAUAUAUAGUCUCAGCAGAUUGAUGUAGUGUGAGGCCUCACUUAGAUGACGGAAAUUGGAUACAACUUCAUUUUCAUUAUGUCAAUUGACGCAUAAUUGUUCCAAUGUCA